CCGCUCGCGGGCGGGGCGGGCCCAGAGCGCGCGGCGCCGGCGCCUCUCGCUUCCUAGCCUGCCAUGGAGCGGCUGACGUUACCUCCCGGCGGCGCGGCGGCUGUGGACGAGUACCUGGAGUACCGGAGGUGCUGGUUUUGGGAGAGAGACACCGAUUGGUGUAGUGUCCGUGGUUCUGGAGAUAGAUACUCCUCUCCAGAAACUGGAGAGGCAGCCGCCCCGUGGCUUGAGGAGGUGACUCACUGCCCAGGGUCCUGACAAAGAAUUGUAGGUGAGGACGAUGGAGGGAAACUUUUUACUCCUGAAGAAUAUGAAGAAUACAAAAGAAAAGUUUUACCUAUGCGCUUACAGAACAGAUUAUUCGUCAGCUGGCAAUCACCAACUGGAAUGGAUUGUAAACUUGUGGGUCCAGAGACACUGUGUUUUUGUACACAUAGGUAUAAGCAACAUCAAACAGACUUUGAAACGGUUCCACAGCAGCGCCCCAUUCGUCUGCCUUGUCGAGUGACCGGCUGCCAGUGCAGGGCUUACCUGUUUGUCCCUUUGAAUGGGGCACAGCCCAUUCGCUGCAGGUGCAAGCACUUUGCAGAUCAACACAGUGCUGCACCUGGCUUUAUGUGCAAUGCCUGUUCGAAGUGUUCAGGAUUCCAUAGCUGCUUCACUUGUGCUUGUGGUCAGCCUGCAUAUGCCCACGACACAGUAGUGGAGACUAAGCAAGAAAGACUGGCUCAAGGAAAACCAGUGGGACGGGAUGUUCCUUAUGCAGCAAUGGGAGGACUGACUGGCUUCAGCUCACUGGCGGAAGGCUACAUGCGGUUAGAUGACAGUGGAAUUGGUGCACCUUCAGCUGAAUUUUUAGACUCUCCAGUUACGGCCACGGACCACCCAUUUCUAAAAGCAUUUCAAGCAUCAUCUAGUUCUUCUCCAGAAACACUAACAGAUGUAGGUACAAGUAGUCAAGUUUCUUCCUUAAAGAGACCUGAAGAGGACGAUAUGUCUUUCUUUGAAAGACGAUACCAGGAAAGGGGAUUCUCUGACAACUGUGGUUUGGGAUGCCCCCCUGGAAACCCUCUGCAUUAUACAUGUAUAAUGACCUUGGGACCAUCCUUCACUAAUGGGAGGUGUAAGCCAAUAGAUAAAUGCUCUCCCUUCUGUCUGCUUGGAAGACAAUUCUGAGAUGACUUCCAUAAACUUCCUCAGAAAAUCUUAUGGAAUUGAAUACUAGUCACCCAUAAUAAUGGCCAACUCCAUAAUACAUCCUUAUUUUAGCUUUCUCUUUUUCUCUUUUCCACUUCCUGGUCCCUCCUUUUGGUUCUGUGGAGGAGAGACUGUUCUGUGAUAUGACUGCUACUGGACCCACAAGCCAGACCUGGGCCAGAGCAAAGAUUGCUUCCUGGAAACCCUCUCAGAGACUAUCUGAUCAAAAUUGAUACUUUCCUUCUGACAUAAAGCAGUACCUCUCCCCUGUGUCCCAGAUCAUGCUGGUUCCUGGAACAGGGCAGUUUCCUGACCUAGGUAAGCAUAUAAGGCAUUUCCCUUCCCUGGGACUGAUCAUGUACCAGUACCCACCUCCAUCCCACCCCGUUUUAUAUCAUUCUUUGGUACCAAGUGGCAUGGAGGAUAUCCACUUUGUCUUGCAGCCUCCCAAGACACACCUCGUAUGUAACUUUCCCUUAAUAAAAUGUUAAUU